UACUAUUUACUUGUAAUGGCACCACUUCAACCUGUUCCUGCUGAGUUGAGAUAUAAUUUAGAUUCCCUCCCUGACAGAGGUGGUUCUUGUCCUUAUUGUUUCUUCCAGGACUACGCGGAGAAGGAGAGGACGACGACCGCGGCCAAAGCCUUGGAGGACCCGAAGGCCAACUUCUACUGUGAUCUGUGUGACAAGCAGUACUGCAAGCACCAGGAGUUUGACAACCACAUUAACUCCUAUGACCAUGCUCACAAACAGCGGCUGAAGGAGCUGAAGCAGAGAGAGUUUGCUCGAAACGUGGCCUCUAAAACCAGGAAAGAUGAGAAGAAACAGGAGAGAGCACUUCAGAGGUUACAUGAGCUGGCCGAACAACGCAGAGAGGUCCAAUGCGCUCCAGGCAGUGGCCCCAAGUUCAAGUCUACUACUGUAGCGGUGGACGCCAGUUGCAGAGAGAGCUGUACCGACGGACUGUCAGAAGAGAGCCACAACUCCACAGUGCUGGAAACAGGGACCCACAACCGUACCACAGGCACCAGCACUGGCCUGGCCUCCAACAGCAAGACCCAGCAGACACUCUACUGGCCCUACAACGGCAAGGCCAAGAAACAAACUUACAAAAGGCACAAAAUCGCCUUCUCGUUCUCCUUCCCGAAGAAAGCGUCAGUGAAGCUGGAAUCUGCAGCGGCUGUGUUCUGCGAGAACACAGAGGAGGGUUCCAAAGAACGUAUCGGAACACAGAGGAGGGUUCCAAAGAACGUAUCGGAACACAGAGGAGUGUUCCAAAGAACGUAUCGGAACACAGAGGAGGGUUCCAAAGAACGUAUCGGAACACAGAAGCUCAGAAUUCCCCUCGUUGAGUUGAACAUCCCUGUUUCAACCGCUGCAGAGGAGAAAGGACGGGGUCGUGCGGGUGUGGAGACUAAUGGCACUAAGCCUGGUGAUCUCAGCCCUAACAGUGUUAGUGAUGGGAUCCAGAGGUCGUCAGAUACACUGUCCAGGUCUGACAUCCCCAUGCCACCACAGGUCUCACAUCUGUAUUCUGUCCUGGUUAACUCUGAGGAUAUCGCCAGACAUUAUGUGUCCUCUGUCUCCCAAUUACCUGCAUCCCCUUGUCACAUUCCCUUAGAUGACCCAGACACAGUACUAGAUACACAGAACUCUGAGGAAACUCGGAGAAACAGACCGACAGAGGUUGAACCGGAAACAAGCAAACAGCAACAAGUUCAUCAAGUAAAAAGGAGUGUCUCGGGGGAAGAAAACUCCUCCAUUAGCAGUUCCUUUUCAGAGGUCAUCGCCAGUUCCUUUUCAGAGGUCAUCGCCAGUUCCUUUUCAGAGGUCAUCGCCAGUUCUGAUGGUCCCCCUGAGAUCGGCUCCUCCUCCGCUCAGUCCCCCGAGUGUCCUGGGACUGCGAGAGAGAAAGGAGAAGACAUUACGGCGGUGGUGAAGACACAGUCGUGUCCUUUCACCAAGCCCAGUCAGCCGUUCUUCUCUGUGCUCAGCAAAGAUGGAUACACUGUUCUCCAAUGGCCUUCAGAAAUGCUGACCUUCACCAGGACAGAGCCUUGUCUCUCCUACAGCUGCAACCCCCUCCAUUUUGACUUUAAGGCCUCGCAGCAGUCGCAGAGCAGGGCGAAGGUUAGUACUGGUGACAGUCAGAGUAAGACGGAGCUGAGGUUAUCUGAGGCGUUGUGUAUCGGCUCAACCUCUGUCUGCUCUGAGGAACUAAUAGACAACAAGCACAACAAAGAGGCCUACUCAAGGCCAGACCAUCAUAUCCCUAUCAGAGAUGACAGGGAGACAGUGGAGAGGAAGGAUUGUCUCAUAUGUGAGCACCACAUGAGUGACAUAGACACAGAAAGCUGCAGCUUGCAACUGAAGAGACAGAGCAGAGUCUACAGCAGUGGUAAAUCUAGUAGUCAGUCAAAAGAUCAGACUGGCAAGAGAGCAGCAGGCACCAAGAAAUGGAAAUUCAGAGACAGGCGCCAUUACAGGAGCCACAAGAAGAAGAAGAGGAGGAGAAGAAGAAGGAGGAGAGGAGGAUAUGAGGAAGAGAGGCACAGAGAGAUGGAGACGGAUGGAGGCGUGGAGAGCGAUGCGGAGAAAUGCAACACAUUCCAGAGACAGUCAGAGUGUUGGGAAGGACUUGAUAGCCAAUUUAGAGGCCCCACUUCACAGCCAUUAGAGAAGUCAAAGCAAUCAGCUCAAAAUCCGGCUGACAGUGGCCACGCUGCCCCGGAGGACAGGGAGAGAGAGAGGGUGAAAAGAGAGAGGGAGGAGAGAGAGGGGGAGGAGAGAGAGAGGGAGAAGAGGGAGGAGAGGGAGAAAGAGAGAAGCAGACAGGAAACAGCAGGCAGCGUAAACGGAUCAGCGGGCAGCCUCAGUCUCUCUGAUGAGGGCGCCACGGAUUCUGAAAAGGUGUUCGGGAGCGACGGCAGGACAGACCCAGUCGAUCCAUCAACAGAACAGAGAAACGCUGCAGGACACGGCUCACGGAGCCAAGACAACCCCUGCACAGAGAACCCUGCUGGGGAUGUUAGACAAAACAUAACCAUGGUGAUGACACAUCUGUCACCACAAAGCCCAGGGACCAUUACCCAAAAACCAAGCACGACUAAAUCCCUUUCACCAGAGAGCUGUGGUAAAGACUAUUGUAUCGGUCAAUCGUUGAGAAGGAAACGGACAGCAUCAUCUUUGCUUGACGCUGAUGAGCUUGGCCUUGACCAUCAGGUUCCAUGCACCAAGUGUCAGUCACCUGUAGCGGUAGAGCCCAAUGGGCCAGAUGGUUCAAUGGGUGAGGAGGGGUCCUCUUGGUCUGUCUGUGUUUCCUGUGGUGGGGAGGGGAGACAGAGGAAGAGACAGAGAGGGGCCAGUUAUAUUCCUCACAUCUUAGAACCUCCUGUAGGUCACAAUGUUCACAUCUCAGAACCCCCUGUAGGGCACAAUGUUCACAUCUCAGAACCUCCUGUAGGUCACAAUGUUCACAUCUCAGACCCUCCUGUAGGGCACAAUGUUCACAUCUCAGACCCUCCUGUAGGGCACAAUGUUCACAUCUCAGACCCUCCUGUAGGGCACAAUGUUCACAUCUCAGACCCUCCUCUAGGUCACAAUGUUCACAUCUCAGACCUUCCUGUAGGGCACAAUGUUCACAUCUCAGAACCUCCUGUAGGUCACAAUGUUCACAUCUCAGACCCUCCUGUAGGACACAAUGUUCACAUCUCAGAACCUCCUGUAGGUCACAAUGUUCACAUCUCAGACCCUCCUGUAGGACACAAUGUUCACAUCUCAGACCCUCCUGUAGGACACAAUGUUCACAUCUCAGACGCUCCUGUAGGUCACAAUGUUCACAUGGCAGAACCUCCUGUGGAUGUACUGUCUGAUGACAGAUGUAAGCUGAACGUCCAGAAUCUAAUGAAGACAGACGUAGAAUACCUUGUGAUUAAAGGUCCACUGGCCAGAUGUAGUACCCCGAGUCAGCCAGCUGUAGAGCACAGCAGUAAGUCAAUGGGAGGCUCUCCUGGGCUCCAGAUCCAGAACAAUGUUCCCAGCAUGAAAGAAGACAGUUCCUCCUCUCCCUCUCAACCUGCGCCUGUACAAGAUCCCCCAAAUCCCCCAGAAAGAAUCAGUUUUACUCAUGAAAACAAAAACUUCACUAUUUGUCUCCAAAACUCUCCCACCGUUUCUUUCCCGAUCAUGGUACAUCGUCUAGAAAUGGGCAACAAUGGGCAAGAUUGUAUAAGAAGACAAACAGUGACAUUAGCAGCUCAUGUCAGUCCAUCGGGUGCGAGAGAGAUCACCCCUCCAUUCAUCCCUCCACAGAGGUUUCAGAUACAGAAUGCGAGUCUGGACAAGUCGUGUCAGCAUAGUCUCCAGAGCUACCCCAACCAACAGAGGUGUCACCCUGGGAUUAGGGUUCAUGAGGAGAGGGGGAUCAGGGAGGGCCUGAGUCCAGGAGGCCUUAACAUGACAGGCAGCCCGUGUAGUCCCUAUCAUAGACCAGCUAGCCCUUACCACAAUCACAGACCUCCAACUUUCCAUCCGCAGCACCCGUCUGACGGCAUGGAGAAACACCACUGUGUCGUUCAAAUCCAGACCCAUAGACACGUUCUCCAUCACCAUCAGCAACAACAGGUGUUCCCAGGAAAGAUGAACCCUGUCUUGUCUGGGUCUCCUGUCCCCAUGUCCCCCUCCUGUCCUCCCAUGCUCCACCCCGUCCACCUGUCUCCCAUGCCUAACGGGUCCAUCACCAUCCUCCACCACCAGCACCACCAGCACCACCAGCACCACCAGCACCACCAGCACCACCAGCACCACCAUGCCUACCACCAUGCCGCCUUCCUGCCCCCUCAUCCCCAGCCCCCUCUCUUCCCCCAGGUCCUGCCAGUCCCAGUCAGCCGCCGGCCUAUGGGAGUGGAUAUAUGUCCCCCUGGACCGCCUCCCUUUCUUACCUCAACGCCGCAUCUCUCUGUUGUGGCAACGCCCAGUUUACACCACCACCCAAUGGCAGUGACGUUUCACGCCAUGCCCCGCCCAACCAUGUUCCCUCCCUCGAUGCUUCAGUCACACCCACAUCCCACCAUCAUUCCACUGCAGCCCAUGUUUUAAGACAACACAUCCCACUGCAGCCCAUGUUUUGAUACAUCACAUCCCACUGCAGCCCAUGUUUUAAGACAUCACAUCCCACUGCAGCCCUUGUUUUAAGACAACACAUCCCACUGCAGCCCAUGUUUUGAGACAACACAUCCCACUGCAGCCCAUGUUUUAAGACAACACAUCCCACUGCAGCCCAUGUUUUGAGACAACACAUCCCACUGCAGCCCAUGUUUUAAGACAACACAUCUCCACUGCAGCCCAUGUUUUAAGACAACACAUCCCACUGCAGCCCAUGUUUUAAGACAUCACAUCCCACUAUAGCCCUUGUUUUAAGACAACACAUCCCACUGCAGCCCUUGUUUUAAGACAUCACAUCUCCACUGCAGCCCAUUCAAUCAUGUUUCUUUUUGUUGCUUCCAACAAAACAUUUAAUUUACAUCCAGCUGUUACUUUUUUCAUGUAGUUUUGUCCUUCAUGUAACAUCCAACCCUGUUUUAUCAAUGGAAAGGCUUCUGUAGUAUUGAUAGUGAUACGUGCCUUUCAUUCAUACUAUAUUAGACAGAAAUAUUUCCUUUAGAGAGACAAUCAAGCAUAACUAAAGAAUUUGGACGUGUGCACAUUUAAAACCAGUCCGAUGUAGAAACUGUCGCAGGCAGAUUCAUUAUUAACGUCUGUGUUUUUCUGCUAGUGAUGUGCUUCAAUAGUCUACCUUUGGGCAUUUAAUGCAAUACUAGUUCAAUUAAACAUGAACACACACAAUAAAGUGCUGUAUCUAGUGUAAUAGCGUGUGUCGAUGACGUUCCCUCUACGUUCAUUUGCUUUCCUAAACGAUGACAAUUCAUUCAUGUAACAUUUACCCCUGAAUUGAUCCAGAUACUACAGUAUUCCAAAAGUAUAUAUUUUUUUUUUAUGUCCUAAAAUAUGUUCUUUGUAAGGAUUUACCCAUCUGACUCUAAAUUAAUUUGACCACUAUUUAAAUUUGUCCACUAUUUUUAUUUACUUAUUUUUAUUCUAUUUUAUUCUAUUCUUCCUUAGUUUCUGAACAAGAAACACAACUGAUGUGGUCGGGUCUGGUGACUUCACCGUUACACGUCUUUAUAUUUGACGUAAAUGAGACCCCUUCUGAUUCUAAAGCAGGAUAGCGUAGAAAAUGUCUAAUCAACUAGUUUUCUUUGGUUUAAAAAUGACCCAGUGUCUUUAUAAUCACGUAAAAAACACAGAUCUGAUAUGUAAACCUGGUUGCCGUGUGGUUUCAAGCCUCUCCGUAGGUCUUCAUGUAGCUGUAAUACAGUAGAUAUACUCUCCUACAUAUUUAUUUGGACAGUGAAGCUGAAACAAAAGUAUUUGGCUCUGAAACGCAGCAUUUUGGAUUUGAGAUUUUUUUUUAAUGGUUUAUAUGAGGCGACAGUACAGAAUGUCACCUUUUAUUUGAAGGUAUUUUGAUACUGGUUAUAAAGGCAUGCAUUUGAUGUACUAUAUCUAGUCCCUCCAUUUGAAAGGUGUCCUAAGUAUUUGGACAAAUUCACUUAAAGUGUAUUAAAUUUUUUGGUCAAAAAGAAUGAAUGGUCAAUAAUGUAUUGUGUCAUUUUGGAUUGACUUUUACUGUAAAUGAGAGUAGAAUACGUUUCCCGAACACUACUACAUUAAUAAUGUGUAUGCUAUCAUGAUUAUGGACAAUCAUGAAUUAUUCAUGAAUGAAUCAUGAAUGAAUCAUGAAUGAAUCAUGAAUAAUGGUGACUAAAAAAGUGACACAAAUCAUUACCCCUAAACAUGUCUCCCUCAUCAUUAUUCAUGAUUUAUUAUCUAUUUAUAGAAUUAUCUGUUUAUUUUUAUAUUUUCUUUUACCUUUAUUUAACAAGGCAAGUCUGUUAAGAACAAAUUCUUAUUCACAAUGACGGCCUACACAGGCCAAAUCUGGACGACGCUGGGCCAAUUGUGUGCCGCCCUAUGGGACUCCCAAUCACGGCCGGUUGUGAUACAGCCUGGAAUCGAACCAGGGUGUCUGUAGUGACGCCUUAAGCACUGAGAUGCAGUGCCUUGGACAGCUGUGCCAAUCGGGAGCAAAAAAAUCAUGUUAGCAUCCACAUUAAUGUAACAGUCCUGACCUGUUUUAUGUUGUUUUUAUGUGUUUAUGGUCAGGGCAUGUGUUUUGGGUGGGCAGUCUAUGUUAUCUGUUUCUAUGUUGGUUUUGGUUUGCCUGGUAUGGCUCUUGAUUAGAGGCAGGUGGUUUGCGUUUGCCUCUAAUUAAGAGUCAUAUUUAGGUAGGGCAUUCUCACUGUUUGUUUGUGGGUGAUUGUCUCCUGUGAUGUCUUCGUUGUGUUCGAUGUUAUUCACUAUCGGGGCUGUUUGGCUGUUCGUACGUUUCGAUGUAACGUUCCUGUUCGUGAGUUUACGUUUGUCGAUGUAAGUUUAUGUUCAGGUUCCGUUCUACGUCGUUUUGUUAUUUUUGUAAGUUUUGAAAGUGUUUGUUUUCGUGUCAUCAGUUUUCGUUAUUUGUAAUAAAGAUGGCUUAUUUCCCUGACUCCGCAUUUUGGUCUGAAGAUCCUUCUCUCCUCACCUCUUCCGAGGAUGAGGAAAGCGACAGCCUUAACAGAAUCACCCACCACGCUAAGACCAAGCGGCAAAGGGAAACUAAACGGAGUAAGGGACAGGAGAGAAAGGAGCAAUGGACAUGGGACGAUGUUUUGGAUGGAAAGGGUGUCUACACAUGGGAGGAGAUCCUAGCUGGUAGAGAUCGCCUCCCAUGGGAACAGCUGGAGGCACUGAGGAGAGCGGAGGCUACCGGAGAGAGGAACCGGAGCUAUGAGGGAACGCGUCUGGCACGGAAGCCAAAAAAGCCCGUAAGUAAUUCCCAAAAAUUUCUUGGGGGGGGGCUAGGAGAUAGUGGGCCAAGGGCAGGUAGGAGACCUGCGCCCACUUCCCGGGCUUACCGUGGAGAGCGGGAGUACGGGCAGGCGCCGUGUUACGCAGUAGAGCGCACGGUGUCUCCUGUACGAGUGCAUAGCCCAGUGCGGGUUAUUCCACCUCCCCGCACUGGUAGGGCUAGAUUGGGUAUUGAGCCAGGUGUCAUGAGGCCGGCUCAACGCGUCUGGUCUCCAGUGCGUCUCCUCGGGCCGGCAUACAUGGCACCUGCCUUAAGCAUGGUUUCCCCGGUUCGACUACAUAGGCCGGUGCGGGUUAUUCCACCUCCCCGCACUGGUCGGGCAACCGGGAGCAUUCAACCAGGUAAGGUUGGGCAGGUUCAAUGCUCAAGAGUGCCAGUACGCCUCCACGGUCCGGUAUUUCCGGCACUACCUCCCCGCCCCAGCCUAGUACCUACAGUGUCUACACUAUGCACUAGGCUACCAGUGCGUAUCCUGAGCCCUGUUCCUCCUCCACGCACUCUCCCUGUAGUGCGUGUAUCUAGCCCGGUGCCUCCAGUUCCGGCACCACGCACUAAGCUACCAGUGCGUCUCCAGAGCCCUAAACACACUGUAUCUUCUCCCCCUACUAAUCCUGAUGUGCUUGUCCUCAGCCCGGUGUCACCAGUGCCGGUACCACGCAUCAGGGAUAGAGUAGGCUUUGAGAAUACAGUGUGCCCUGUUCCUGCUCCCCGCACUAGUAGGAAGGUGCUUAUCCUUAGCCCGGUGCCUCCAGUUCCGGCACCACGCACCAGGUCUACAGUGUGCCGUAUCCGGCCAGAGCCAUCCGUCUCACCAGCGCCAUCUGAGCCAUCUGUCUCACCAGCGCCAUCUGAGCCAUCCGUCUCCCCAGCGCCAUCUGAGCCAUCCGUCUCCCCAGCGCCAUCUGAGCCAUCCGUCUCCCCAGCGCCAUCUGAGUCAUCCGUCUGCCAGGAGCCUGCAAAGCCGCCCGUCUGCCAUGAGCCUGCAAAGCCGCCCGUCUGCCAUGAGCCUACAGAGCCAUCCGCCAGACAGGAGCCGCUAGAGCCGUCAGCCAGACAGGAGCCGCUAGAGCCGCCCGCCAGACAGGAUCUGCCAGAGCCGCCAACCAGACAGGAUCUGCCAGAGCCGCCAACCAGACAG